GAGUAUCGUUGGAGUAAGACGUUCAAUAAAUUCGUUGUCAGACUAGUUUUGGAUUAAAAUCUAACACGCAGUUAUCUUCUAAAUCAUCUUUAAAUAAAGAACUAGAAACUGAAAAAUGUCAGCAAGUAAACUCAUUGACACCCCCGAUAUUGAGAAUUUAUUGUCACUUAAUCCACGCGUAUUAACGAAAUGCUCCGUCCUAUCAACAGUCGAAACGAAGAAAAAUAAGAAGUUGUGGAAACGUAAUGCUGAUAAGUCGGAGGCUACUUGUCACUCAUUGAAGCACGAUUUUUCGGACAUUAAGCACACGACAUUAUCUGAACGCGGUGCAUUACGUGAGGCUGCAAGAUGUUUGAAAUGUGCUGAUGCUCCGUGUCAAAAGGGAUGUCCUACGCAAUUAGAUAUCAAGGCUUUUAUUUCAAGCAUUUCGACUAAAAAUUAUUAUGGUGCUGCCAAGUUCAUCUUCUCGGAUAAUCCUUUAGGUCUAACAUGUGGCAUGGUUUGUCCAACGAGUGAUUUAUGUGUUGGAAAUUGCAACUUAGCAGCUGUUGAGGAAGGUCCGAUUAAUAUUAGCGGUCUUCAGCAAUUUGCAACUGAGACAUUCAAAAGAAUGGGAAUCAAGCAAAUCUUAAAUCCUGAUUUGAAGCCAUUGAAGCAAAAGGCUGAUGCGAAGAUUGCAUUAAUUGGUGGCGGGCCAGCGUCACUUUCAUGUGCUACAUUCUUAGCAAGAUUGGGAUACAAAGACUUGACAAUUUAUGAGAAACGUGAUUAUUGUGGAGGCUUGGGUUCAUCGGAAAUUCCUCAGUACCGUCUUCCUUAUGAUGUUGUCGAGUUUGAAAUUAAUUUAGUUAAAGAUCUUGGUGUCAAAUUUGAGAAUGGUAGAAGUUUGUCAACAAAAGAUAUUACAGUCCAAAAACUCAUUGAUGAUGGCAAUGAUGCUGUGUUCUUAGGAAUUGGCUUACCACAAGCAAAAAUUGCUCCUGUUUUUGAAGGAUUAUCAGAAGCAAACGGAUUCUUUACAUCUAAAGACUUCCUUCCACGAGUUGCGGACGGAAGUAAACGUGGGAUGUGUUCAUGUAAAGCUUCAAAUCUACCGUCAUUGAAUGGAACUGUAAUCGUUCUUGGCGCUGGAGAUACAGCCUUUGAUUGUGCAACUUCGUCACUCAGAUGUGGUGCUUCAAAAGUCUUUGUUGUCUUCCGUAAAGGAACCACAAAUAUUCAUGCUGUUCCUGAAGAAGUUGAGCUUGCUCGUGAGGAGAAAUGCGAAUUUAUUUCGUUCCUAUCGCCAAGAAAAGUAAUCAUGAAGAAUAACAGAAUCACGCAUGUCGAGUUUUGCAGAACAGAAAAGGAUGAAGAUGGAAACUGGAUUGAAGAUGUUGAGCAGAUUGUGAGAUUGAAAACUAAUUACAUUAUAUCUGCAUUUGGAAGUGGUCUUUUAGAUCCUGAAGUAAAAGAUGCAAUGGGUCCCGUAAAAUUAAACUCUUGGGGACUUCCAAAUAUUAACGAAAGAACCCAGCAGACAAAUGUUGAAAGUGUCUUUUGUGGUGGUGAUCUUGGUGGAUAUUCAGGAACGACAGUCGAGUGUGUAAAUGAUGGAAAGACAGCUGCAUGGUAUAUGCAUUGUUAUUUACAAGGACUUUCGUUUGAUACUCCACCAGAACUUCCAAUGUUUUAUACAAAUGUUGAUUUAGUCGACAUAUCAGUUGAGAUGUGUGGAGUUAAGUUUGAGAAUAUUUUUGGACUCGCCAGUGCACCACCAACAACCAGCAUUCCUAUGAUUCGGAGAGCAUUUGAGCAAGGUUGGGCUUUUGCAUUAACAAAGACCUUUUCACUCGAUAAGGAUUUAGUAACAAAUGUAUCUCCAAGAAUUGUGAGAGGAUCAACUUCUGGGCAUAAUUAUGGACCAGGCCAAGGUAGCUUCCUGAACAUUGAAUUAAUUUCUGAAAAAUGUUCAGACUACUGGCUUACAGGAAUCCGUGAAUUACGUAAAGAUUUUCCAUCUAAAGUUGUUAUAGCUUCAAUCAUGUGCUCAUACAAUGAGCAAGAUUGGACAGAAUUGGCUCAAAAGGCUGAAGCUGCAGGUGCUCAAUUGAUGGAACUAAACCUCUCUUGUCCACAUGGCAUGGCUGAGAGUGGUAUGGGACUAGCUUGUGGACAGGAUCCAAAAUUGGUGCAGAACAUAUCUGCUUGGGUUCGUAAGGCUGUAAAGAUUCCGUUCUUCAUCAAACUUACUCCAAAUAUCACUGAAAUUGUUUCAAUUGCUAAAGCUGCUUAUGAAGGUGGUGCAUCUGGAGUUACCGCAAUAAAUACAAUCAGUGGAAUGAUGUCUUUAAAUGCUGAUGGAAUCGCAUGGCCAAAUGUCUCGUUAGACAAGCGAACAACUUAUGGUGGAGUUUCUGGAAAUGCUACUCGACCUGUCGCUCUUAAAUCUGUGUCAGCAAUUGGAAAUGCACUUCCAAACUUCCCAAUUAUGGCAACUGGUGGAAUCGAUUCAGCAGAUGUUGCGCUUCAAUUCCUUCAAUGCGGUGCAUCGGUCAUGCAAAUUUGUUCAGCUGUACAAAAUCAAGAUUUUAGUGUCAUUCAGGAUUACAUAACAGGUCUCAAGGCACUUUUAUAUUUGAAAGCAAAUCCACCAGCUGAAAAUGGAGUAUGGGAUGGACAAUCACCACCACAAUUAAAGCUUCAAAUCGGAAAAGCUGUUAUUCCUUUAAAGGAUGAUGAUGGAAAGCCUUUAGUCAAUUUUGGCGAGUAUAAGAAGAAGAAGGAAGAGAAAUUCGUUAAAUUGGUUCAAGAGAAAGGACCUCUUUAUAAUCCAUAUGAUGAGCAACUAAAGCAAUUGAAAGCUGAUUCAAGCGAAGAGAUCAAGAAAGCUCCACUUGUCAGUGAUGUAAUUGGAAAGGCUUUGCCUAGAAUUGGACCUUACAAGAAAUUAGACAAUACUAGACAAGUUGUCGCAUUGAUUGAUGACGAUUUAUGCAUCAAUUGUGGAAAAUGCUACAUGACUUGUGCUGAUUCCGGGUAUCAAGCAAUUGAGUUUGACUCAAAAACCCAUUUACCAAAGGUGAAUGAUGACUGUACAGGAUGCGAUUUAUGCUUGAGCGUCUGCCCAAUCAUUGACUGUAUUACAAUGGUGCCAAAAACAAUUCCACAUGUUAUCAAACGAGGAUAUCAAAAUAAUGAUAAAUCAUUCGUUCAUGCUUUGAGUCCAUCGCAAUAAACAGUUAAAUAAUGGACAGCAGAAUCUUUCAAAAUACUUGUAUUGCCUUUAUAUACUGCCUUAAACUCAAUUACAAUAAACUAUAUUAUAUUAAAUGUUUAUGCAAUUCCAAUCUUUUGUGCUUCUUGUAAAAUUGUAAUUAUUGAUGCAAAGACCUCGAUUGAGUUUUCAAUGAUUUGUGAUGCUGGUAGAUUGAAGCCAUAUGCACCUACAUCUCUCAUUUCGUACUCAAAUGUGACAUUUGUUUUCAGCUCAUAUUUAACCCAAUC